CAAAGCUUCUCUGCCAUCAACCCAUCACAGAACUAAAUUGGCAACUUUCUAUUAAAUACUCAACAGCGGAAACAAAAAAAUACUAUAUGCUCGCACUGCGAAACCUUCUUGCACCACGGCAACAACUUCGCUUGAGAUCCUAUACUGCCAUGGCGUUCACCUAUGAAGAAGCAGUGGAAAAGAUCAUUUCUACACAAACCAAUGCCGCAACACUGGAUCAGCUGCGUAAAUUAGGACCUCGGAUGAAUGACCGCAGUUUGCCCGAGAUGCGCGCUUAUUUUAAGCGUAUAGGAUACGAGCCAAGCGAUUUCAAUAAACUUAACAUGAUCCAUGUUACGGGCACCAAGGGCAAAGGAUCUACUUCAGCACUUACACAAUCGAUCCUGAAACAUUAUCCCAGUGCUGACAAACCUAUCCGGACGGGUUUGUUCACGUCGCCUCACUUGGUCGCCAUGCGCGAACGCAUUCGUAUCAAUGGCGAGCCUAUCAGCGAAGAGCUGUUUGCAAAGUAUACCCAAGACGUCUGGGAACGACUCGAGAAUACCAAAGCCGACACACUGGCCCAUAUUGACACGGAUGAUGCGCGACAAUUAUUACGCAUGAUGCGAGAGCAUCCAGACAAACCGGCCUAUUUUAGAAUGCUGAAUUUGGUAGCGAUGCAUGCUUUUAUGCAAGAAAAUGUCGACUUGGCUAUCCUUGAAGUGGGUGUUGGCGGCGAGUAUGAUUCGACGAAUAUCAUUGAAAACCCCAUCGUGUGUGGCAUCACUGCGCUCGGGUUAGACCAUGUCAAUGUGCUUGGUGACACAAUCGACAAAAUUGCGUGGCACAAGGCUGGCAUCAUCAAACCCAACACGCCCGUCAUUGCAUUUGAACAGGUGUCAGAGGCCAUGGCUGUGAUUGAACAGCGCGCACAGGAGAAAAAUGCACCGCUGACGAUUUUGCAUGCCAAGGAUAUUGAGCAUCUUAAGGAUGUCAAGGUCGGUUUGGCAGGUGUCCAUCAACAAUACAACGCCUUGACGGCCGUCGAGUUGUGUCGAGUGUGGUUGGAACGAUGUCGAGGCGUCAAGCUAGACGAGGCUGUACCGGAAGAGUUCAAGGCGGGAUUGGCCAAGGUGGUUUGGCCAGGACGUGGUCAGAAAUUGGAUGUGCGCGACACGCAGUAUAGCGACAAGGCCAAGGACGUCACGUAUUAUUUGGAUGGCGCGCACACGGCUGAAAGUCUGGCAGUAUGUGCGAAUUGGUUCCAGGAGACGGUUAAAGAACAAGAUAACGGCGAGUCGGGAUCACGGAUAUUGAUGUUCAAUUGCACGAAUGGUCGUGAUGGACCUCGUUUGUUGGAUGUGAUUGCCAAAAUCCAGCCAGAAGUCAAGUUCGAUCAUGUGAUAUUCACUACCAAUGUCACCUUCCGCAAAGGCUACACAGCAGAUACUAAAAACAUGACGGUAACCAAUGCCGAUGCGGUCGCUAUGCAAAAGACAUUGGCGGAUGCGUGGAAGGAGCGACAGCCUUCAUUUGGGCAAGACAAAGUGCAUGUGGUCCCUACGAUUGAGGAUGGCGUGGGAUGGAUCGCCGACUACUCCAAAACAUCACCACAAAAAGUGCAAGUUUUGACGACAGGCAGUUUGAUCAUGGUUGGCAAUACGCUGACGGCGCUGGGUGUCCCUGCACAAUAAUUGUUCUUCCCCAAACCACCCCACGGUAAUUUGUAAUUUUCAUAAAAAGGAAAAGCUAUAGUUGAUAGA